AUGAAGGGUGUUGUUCUAAGCUGUAGCAAUUGGAGUGAGCAGGACGUAACCGCUGAGAAGGAGUAUCCAGUGUUUGUAAGUGGACAAAGAGUUUACAGAUUACAUAGGGAGUAUCUGGCGAACAGAGUUAUAAUAGGGUUGGAAGUUGCAAACAGCUCGCGAAUGGUGGCUCCUGGGAAAGCAAGAACCUCAGAAUCCAAGCUUGGUACGGCGCCAGUGACGACGCUUAGCGUUAUACCUGAUGGUGUUGUCAGUCCUCAUCCGGAUCCAGUAAGGGAUGGGCCUGUUCUGCCUCAUCUUCUUCGCCAAUUUCUUCUUGAUCAUGAAGGUCUUAUGUGA